UCCACCAGGUUGAAAGUCAGGUAUAAAGUCAUCAACAUUUUAGACAACAAUUCGCUAAUCUAACACACAAAUGUCAUGAAACGUUCAGAAAAUGUGGAAAAUUACCUGCUUAUUUCGUUUAUGACCAUUAGAUUUUAUUUCGAUAUGCUUUUAAACCUGGUGGACGCUGUUUAGUAUGACCCUUUUUAAUCAAUGUCCAGAGUGAGAGUGGCCAGACUUUCUUCGAUUGCAUCUGAUUUCGGCUUACCCCGUUUAUUAUCAAAAUCAGUGCGUUUUAACUUUUAUGGUUCAAGUUGGAUUCAUGCAUAUGAAAUAAAUGAUAAAUGGUCCUCAAAUAUCUAAUAUACUUAGGAACGAUGACUGUGCAUUCACCAUGGACAUGGUGUUCAUCACCAUGGACCCUAACUCUGCCGACAAGAAUAAGAAUCAUAUUCUGAAGGUUCUCACCCAGCAUGUGCAGCAUGACCAUCAGUAUCAAGUCCUAGAGGUUGCCUCGGGCACUGGUCAACAUGUGGUCCACUUUGCCCAGCAUAUGCAGAAUGUCUCCUGGCAACCUUCAGACUGUGACCAGCCUUCCUUAAGCAGUUUAGCGGCACGAAUAAAGUCAUCAGGUGUCAAGAAUGUAGCUCCCCCUAUCUUUAUAGAUGCCAGUCAGCCAUGUGACCAAUGGGGGGGCGGGAUUCUUCAACCAGGAUAUUUCGAUAUCAUGACCAAUGUUAAUAUGAUGCAUAUCUCUCCUUGGCCAGCUACUCAGGGUCUUUUCAAAGGUGCUGGUGUUUUUUUAAAGGAAGGUGGUAUGUUACUGACAUAUGGGCCAUACAUGAUAGAUGGCACUAUAAGUCCAGAGAGUAAUGUUCAAUUUCAUCAGGCUUUAAAAGCAAGAUGUGCAGACUGGGGAUUAAGAGACACUGCUGUUCUGAAAGAGCUGGCAAAAGAGAAUCAUCUUCAUUUUGAAACGAUACAUGAUGUGCCAGCAAACAAUAAAAUUUUGGUGUUUAGGAAAAAAUCAGCCACCUGAGACCAGAUUGGAGAAGUUCUUGAGUUGGAAUUGAUUCUACAGAACAAUUAAGGGAAGACCUCAAUACUUCUGAUGUAACUUGCAAUGUUUCAGUCAAUGGAACACGCAGAUUCAAAAGGGACCUUAUUGUCUCUAAACUGUUAGUGAUGUGAGUCACCGAUGUAUUCACCGUACAUGCAGUUGGUGGUAAUAUUCUGAUCAUUAUGUAAGUAAACAGGUAUAAUUGAGGGGCCUGCCACACAGAUGAAGUGCUUAUCAUUAAGUCUCCCUGACUGGGACCCUGAUUAUGGAAAAGAAUAAUACUUGUACUUUACUACAACAAUCAUGGUCAAAUGCAACAUUUCUAUUGUUAAAAUUGUUAAUUUUUAUAGAAUACAUGUGUAACCGAUCUCAACCUAA